UUAACUUUUUGCAUGACGUUAUUCUCCAAGACCUAACUUGUGUGUACCGUUUCAGAAUUUAUGUUUUUUAAGUUGAUAUGGGGAGAAAACAAAAUGCUUUAGUUGUUGUAGCCAUUGAUUUCGGAACUACAUAUUCUGGAUAUGCUUAUUCAUUUCGGGAUGAAUACAAGAAAGAUCACACGAAGAUAUACAGUAACGAAAACUGGCAGUCAGGAGACGGACUAAUAACAGCAAAAACACCAACUGCUAUAUUGUUUGAUGAGGAUGGAAACCUUGAUAGUUUUGGAUACGAUGCGGAGAGGACAUAUUCCGAGCUCCUAGAAGGUGGAGACGACGAAGGAUACAGUUAUUUCUCAAAGUUUAAGAUGAAGUUGUUUCAAGAUGAGUCCGCUCUACAUCACCCAGUAUUAAGGAGAAAAAAUAGAAUAUCAAGAGACCUCAUACUAGAAGACGUUACCGGUAAAGGGAUGAAAGCGCUUAAAGUUUUCUCGGAGUCAAUUCGAUAUUUGAAAGACCAUUUUCUGCAGUCCUGCAAAGUAGCUAAUUUCAAAUUGAAUGAAGGUGAUAUUCACUGGGUAUUAACAGUGCCUGCGAUUUGGAAAGACAAUGCAAAACAAUUCAUGAGGGAAGCUGCAAAGGAGGCUGGUUUACAUGAAGACCUCUUAACUCUUGCUUAUGAACCGGAAGCGGCCGCCAUUUAUUGUAAAGAGGCAACUGUGCAGAGGAAAGAAGGCACAGAGGGAUGUAGUCUUCAAUCUUUUGAACCAGGUCACCAGUUCUUGGUUCUAGACUGUGGAGGUGGAACCAUCGAUGUGACGACAUAUGAAGUACAAAAUGAUUCUGACCUUAAAGAACUAAGCGAACCAAGCGGAGGACCCUGGGGUGGAACUUAUGUUGAUCUAGAGUAUGAAAUUUUUUUAAGGGAUUUAUUCGGUAAGGAUGUAUGGGAAACGUACGUUAAGAAAUUCCCAGAAGAUAUCUUAGAAAUCAAAAGAAAGUUUGAAGCAAAGAAAAGAGGAAUCAAAGAAUCACAAAAAACAAAAACAACUAUUCCAUAUCCAGCAUCUUUAUUUCGCACAUACACUGAUAUCCGCAAAUCUGACUCCAUACAAGAAGACCUAAAGAAAUCAGUUCACGGCAAAACUGUCACUGUAUCGAAUGAAAAGCUGCGAUAUGAGCCGAAAAUCAUAAAACAAUUCUUUGUUAACUCAAUCGAAUCGAUAAUUUCACAUGUAAGAGAUCUUUUAGCAACAACAACGCGACAGAGAAGACAUAUAGGCUCUAUAUUAAUGGUAGGAGGGUUUUCUGAUUCCCCAAUAUUAGUUGAACGGGUAAAAAAGGAAUUUUCAAAUCUUGAAAUUAUUAGUCCGCAAGAUGCAGUUUUAGCUGUACUAAAAGGAGCUGUUAUGUUUGGACAUAAUCCAGAACUAAUAAGUGAGCGCAUUUGUCCACGAACAUAUGGCAUAACGGUAAACAUGCCAUACGACGACAGGAGACAUCCAGCAAUGCUGAAAUCUAUUAUUGAAGGACGAGCAAUCUGCAGCGACAUAUUCAAAACAAUGGCGAGGAAAGGUGACCCUCUCACAGUUGGCAAAACUACGUAUACGAUGGUGUGUAGUCCGACAAGAUCAACUGACACCGAAGCGACGGUCGAAGUGUAUGAAUCUGAAAACGUAAAUCCAAUAUACACCAUCGACAAAGGCGUUAAUCGUUUAGGAAUAUUAACUAUCCCUAUUCCGGACGUUGAGAGAGGUAAGAGUAGGCGUAUAAAAGUACAAAUGCAUUUUGGAUACACAGAGCUACAGGUUACAGCAUCGGAGGAACACACAAACCGGAAAACUGAAGCUACUUUUGAAUGCCUAAUGAAAUAAAGUAGACUUUAUUAAUGUUACAAGACGUUGAGGGUAGGAAGAUUUGUUCCUGAAAAUUUACCAUCCUUGGUACUAAAAUUAUCUUAAAA